AUGCCCACACCAGAAGGACCCUCCGAAGAAGAGAAUAACGCCUCUAGUCCUGAAACAGUCCUCAGUCCAGAGGAAGUCCAGGAGAUUGAAGCCGAAAAACGCGAAUUGUACAUCUACAUCUUCCACAAGCGCGAAUCGUACUGGAAAGACUGGCUCAAAUACACUCACCGAUAUUUUGCGCUUGAGGCACGUCUCCCUGAAGGUCCUGAUAGAACAAGAAGGCAGGGAAUCUGCGAGAGAAACAUUGAGAAAAUCAUCAAUGCAUACAAAGAACGCACGAGGAAGAGAAAAGAGAAAUUUGUUGAAAAGUGGCCGUAUGGCUUGGACACCAACGAAUGCUUACCGUUCUUAGACGGAAUGGAUUUGUUGGUCAAAGCCCAAACUCAGGAGGAGAUCAAGGCUUUGAGUGAGAGACAUAAAGAGUACUGUGCGAAGAAUGACGAGAUCAACCCUAGCACACCGGCUACCACACCAAAUGAGGAGGGGGCGAGAAUGAACGUCAUGUCCGAGUCAGCGUGGGAAGGCAAUACUUCUAGUUCGGAGAGUGAAGCUGAGGCAUGA